GCGAUCGAUCGGCGGCGAUGUUUUACUCGCAGUACAUUUUGGCAAAGAAAGGGCCGCUGGGGACGAUCUGGAUCGCAGCGCACCUCGAGAAGAAGCUCCGCAAGAACCAGGUGAACGACACCAACAUCAUCACCUCUGUAGAUUCUAUUCUCUUUCCCGAGGUUCCCAUCGCGCUGCGCUUGUCGGGUCACUUGCUGCUAGGUGUUGUGAGGAUUUACUCACGCAAAGUAAACUAUCUCUUCCACGAUUGCAACGAUGCGCUUGUCAAGCUCAAGAAUGCCUUCUCCUCCGCGACUUCGGCGUCCGUGGAUCUUCCGGCCGACGCCGCCAGUGCUCCCUUUCACUCCAUCACUCUACCGGAAGCGUUUGAGUUCGACGACAUAGAUGUGUUGUACAUUCCUGAUGGAGUCGAUCACCAUGUUACAACUCGAGACCAAAUUACUCUGGAAGAAAAUGUCGUGGACGAUUCGUAUCCGGGUUCUCAGUUCGAGCAGGACGAAAGGUUUAUGGAAACUCCUCACGCUAUGGACAUUGGUAACGAGAAAUUUCCGUUGAACGAGGCUGAAACACCCGAGCUCCAAGAAGAUGUGCUUCCUCCAAUGGAUAUGGAUGUUGGACCUUCUUCGCCGCUGGAUGCAGACACUGUCCCUGACAUUGAGAAGCUUCGAUCCGCUUCGCUGGCUGGGGAAGAAAACUUUCAUGCUUUUGAGAAGCAAAGUGUCGAGCCAGUGGCAGCCGAACCACGAGAGGACGCCGUUGUCGAAGAAGCACGGCUGGUUGAAGACGAGCAGCCUUUACCGAGCACACCCGUUUCAAGGUCAGACGCGAACUCUCCUGGUGCUCAGCGGUUUCCAGAUGGCGACGAUACUCCUGCUUUCGGAGUUGUGGAGACCCCUGUUCCAUCUCGCAAGAAUAACACUCCUAGAAAGCGAAAGCAAGCAUAUGAUAUGCAGGUAACACUCUCGGAAAGUUACAUGAAAGAUAUGCUCAACGAUUCGUCUGACCUGCGCCGGGUCCGGAGAAAGGUUUCUCCCAAGGAGAUUUGGAUUUUUCAAAAAGAACGUCUAGGCAAGCGUACGCUGAGCACACCUUCUGUGGAUGGUCUAUGCUCUCGGCUGGAAGAACUUUAUGACCGAGUUUUCAAUCCAAAGCGAUUGAAAGCCUCCGCUCCCAACGUGACCUUCGCAGUAGAUGGCGCAGAUGUCGAAACUACUCCCGUUCAGGAUCGUACCAAAGUGCAGUCACCUCCAAAGUCACCCCUCGCCACGCCACAAUCACCAGGCGGGGUUUCUCCUGCACCAGUCAGAUCCCCAGAGCAAUCUCCUCUUGAAGUACGGAACCCAUCACCCCAGCAACUAUAUGCAAUACCUGAAAUGCCGGAAGUAGAAGCUCCCACUGCUAUAAUUCCAGACAGUGGCGGUGGUGAAACAGGUGCAUUUGAAGAUAGAGUAAGCGAGCAAAUUCAAAAAUAUCACGAGGAUAAUAGCAAACAAGCGGAAGAAUUCCACGACACUGUGCAGACCGAUCAUGACAAGAACACUGUGCCUCGGGAGUUUCCACCACCAAUCGACUCUUCUUAUUUAUUGGCUAGCAAUGGCCCUGAUCUGGUAGGCUCACAAUCUGAAGGAUGGUCCGAACGAACAAGGGCGAUUGCGCAGUUUCUUCGAGCUACGUUUGAUACGGCUGUAAAGAGGCCUGUGACUCUGAACAAGCUCUUAACUGGCAAAACUAGGAAGGAAGCAGCUCGGAUGUUUUUCGAGACUUUGGUUCUUCGAACAAAUGAUUACAUCACAGUGGAACAAAAGAGCGCAUACGAGGACAUAAGUAUCCAUUAUCGUCCCAAGCUGAUGAAGGCCGUGUUUUGACAAGAUGAUGGUCCGUGUAAAUAGGUUAUCUACAGAUUUUUCCUCUGUCACAGAUGUAAGUUACUUCAAUGGCUUCAAUCGCAAAUCCGGGAGUGUUCUUCCC